AUGCUACCUAGCAACGCUGCUGAUCAAGAAAGCAAUCCUAUCCGUGUAAAUAAUACAGUUAAAGGGCGUCUUCAUAAAUAUUGCCGUGCUCCCGACAUGCCUCAGGAGACGUGCUUCAUGGGCUGCAAGUCCUGCAUCAAAUAUGGAGGCGUAUGGUGUCCUAGUGGUCACGUGGUUGUGUGGAUAAAUGGCGUCAGAUCUGUUCUUAGCACUAAAAGAGGCUUCUGCUGGCCAGGAGGCCUGUUCACUUUAGACGAUACCAAAGUUCAGACCUUUCUCACAGGACAUGGUAGCGCUGAAUUCCAGGCUUAUUGUGACUCGUUUGUUCAAAUGUACAAGCAGUGUUCAGGUACGUGAAAUUAACAGCACUGUCAUAGAAAAGGUAUUCUUGCGCCCUUCAAGUGAAUCUUGUGGGUCUAACAUUUGGGUUUGAAGCACAAACCGAUUUAAAGUUCGCACCAUUUUGCAUGGCACAAUAAACAGGGCCUUGUAAAGCAAUUGUUCCAUAGUUUUCAUCAGAAACAUAUCACCUAGAGGGUGAUAUGCUUCUGUUUUCAUGCAGUCAGUUGAAUGGUCACUCGCUAGGGUGUGUCAUCCACAGGCUUUGAAACUUCCAAACAGUACCACAUGAAAAGUACUGCUCAAAGGCUUUCAUUUGAAUGGCCGCUCACUAGUUUUGUUUU